AGCUCUUCUCCGACUGCUUUUCUCUGCGAUCACGCAGUGUGCUUUGAAGCGAAAAGGGUAACACAGACUGGACGGACAUGACAUUGUUUCACUUCUUUAACUGUGUGAUUCUCACCUUCGGCCCUCACGCCGUUUACUAUUCCGCCACCCCCUUGUCCGAGUAUGAUACCCUUGGAACCUCCGUUAAAGCUGCGCUUGUUUAUCUUGGUACAGCUAUAGUAAAGCUUGUUUGCUUGGCCACUUUUCUUAAGGUUUCUGAGAAUGACAGUUUUGAUCCGUAUCAGGAAUUGUUGAAAGCUUUAAUUGGUUUUGUAGAUGUUGCUGGGCUGUACUUUGCCUUGACCCAGUUGACUCACAGAAACAUCUCUCAAAACCAUAAAUUUCAAGCUGUUGGACUUGGGUGGGCUUUUGCUGAUUCUGUUUUGCAUAGACUGGCACCUCUUUGGGUGGGAGCACGAGGACUAGAAUUCACUUGGGAUUACAUUCUGCAAGGCCUUGAAGCAAAUGCUAACCUGGUGCUGAGUAUAUCCCUUGCUGCAUUGGGAUCUCUAAUGUGGCUUCGCAAAAACAAACCCAAGACUUUGAUUCCCAUAAUAUAUGCAUGUGCAAUCAUUGUGGCAACUAUGCCAUCCAUUACAAGCUACUUGAGAAGAGGAUUGGGGUGGCAUUUCCCAAAAGUGGUAGGCUUUGAACUAUUUACCUCUCUGGUGAUGGCUUUUAUUAGUUGGCAACUCUUUUCUGCUUGUCAAAGACCAUCGUCCUAGGAAAAUCAAGUACCCUCUCAAACGAUAGAUAGUUUGGUUGAGGAUAGGUUCUCGAAAUGUAGUGAAGAGAUCUUGCUGUAUGGCUAUCAGUUCUGCCCCAAACAAGGCUGUUGUCCUGUUUUGUUUGAAUUAUUGCAGUAUCUAUUAUUUUGUUUAUAAAAAUUAUUCAUAUGUAAUUUCUUUUUCUAUAGUGCUCACUGAGGCUUGAAUAGAUGAUUCAAGUUUUUCUGCAGUUGAAUGAACACGGUAGUAGUUGGGUUUUA